AUGAGUUUUGGCGUAGGCUUCGGUGAUUUAGUGCUCGCUUCCAAACUGGCCUGGAAUGUAUACAAAGCAUGUAAAGAUUCGGGCGAAAAUUUCAAACGUUUGUCAAGCGAAGUAGCCUCCCUACACGUCGUACUCAAAGAGACCGAGGACUAUAUCAAUGAAUUCUCGAAGCUGGACACUUCUCGAAAGAAUCGUUUAAACAUUUUGACCGAUGGUUGCAACGCGACGUUAGAAGAUCUGCAGAAGCUGCUUAAGUCAUAUGAGCGACUUGGAACACAAUCCCAAAGGACUUGGGACCGGAUGCGUUUCGGCCUAGAAGACCUGGCUGAUAUUAGAUCUCGCUUGGUGAGCAAUGCAACACUCUUGACAGCCUUUAACAGCACUCUGGUCAGCUCAUCGACGACGAGGAUCGAAAAAAAGCUAAACAAGUUCAUCUGCGAAGUACGUGCCGGAUAUCGGGAAGGAUCCGUUGUUACCACCCCGGACGUUGUCGAGACGAUCGAAUCUCCCGAUGUGUGGGCCCAACUGCGGCGUGAACUCGAGGAUAUUGGCAUCUCGCCGGCCAUCAUGGAAGAACAUCACGAAUAUAUAUCGAACUGGAUGAAGUCAGUUCUGGCACAGGGUCUCAUUAAUGAGGAUCCCGUUGCAGAACUAAAUAAGACAGUCUCCCCCGACUCUGGCUAUGGUGGUAGUAUCGUCUCUUCGUCUGCUGAUAUGAAUAUAGCGAACGAACAGUUCGAGUUGGAGAUGCGAAAGAAGCAGGCCGAAAGGCCUCUAGACGAGGUUUUCAAACCACUUACCGUUGAAUCCACCGCUCCAUCGGUCAGGAAGAAGUCAAUCACAGACCCUACUAGACUUAUCCGAAAGCUCUUUGUGAAGGAUGAUGCACUUGUGCAAGCAGCCAGUGAUGGAGACAUUGACAAAGUUGCCAAGUUGCUCAGCAUCGGGUGUAACGUAAAUGCAAAAGAUCGAUGGGGUUGGUCGGCACUCAGUAUGUGUGCGUAUGGAGGACAUCUCGCCAUAGCUCGGCUCCUCCUUGAGCACGGGGCUGACCUGUACAACGUCGAUGUUGACGGUGACACACCGAUGCAGAUAGCUACAACCCGCGGUCACUCGGAAGUAGUCAUUCUGUUUGAUGAAGCACAGGCCGAGAGAGAUCGCCUGGCUCGGGAAUUAGAUGCUGAGCCAACAGCAAAAUGA